UGUAAUCAGUUGGUUUCCUGAGUUUAGGUGCUGCUGUUACUGUAGUUUGGAGUCGUCAGGACUCAGAAGUGAACGUUGCAGCGUUUGGGCUCCGCUGAAGAACAGCUUUUAUUUUUCAUCUUCAUUCCAUUAUUUUAUGAAUUGUACACUUGUGUAGAUAGAUAUAUAUUUUUUUCUAUUUUUUUAAAGAACACCAAGACCCGGAGAAGAUGGAACUGAAUUCUCUUUUAAUUUUGCUGGAGGCUGCAGAAUAUUUGGAGAGACGAGACAGAGAGGCAGAGCAUGGUUAUGCGUCUGUUUUACCAUACAGCAGUGACUUUUCCCGAAAGAAAACGAAAGCCACACCAAUUUCCAGAAAAGCUCAGAACAAUAGAUCAUCACACAAUGAGCUUGAAAAACACAGACGUGCCAAGCUACGACUCUACUUGGAGCAGUUGAAGAAGCUGGUGCCUUUGGGUCCAGACAGCACGAGACACACCACCCUGAGCCUGCUGAAAAGGGCCAAAAUGCACAUUAAGAAGCUGGAGGAACAGGACAGGAAGGCUUUAAAUGUGAAGGAGCAGCUUCAGAGAGAGCACCGCUACCUCAAACGCCGCCUCGAGCAGCUCUCCGUGUCGGGGUCCGUGGAGCGCAUUCGCACUGACAGCAUGGGCUCCACCAUCUCCACCGACUCAGAGCAAGAGGUGGACAUCGAGGGCAUGGAGUUCACCCCGGGCGAGGUGGACAGCAUAGACAGCAUCAGCGACGGCGAGGAGGAGGAGGAAGAGGAGGAGGACCACUACGGCGUCCAGAGCAGCUCCAGCGACACCAGCUACACAGCCGCACAUUCCCACAGACUGCAGCCGCAUCACUGUUAGGCACCUUCCGUCGCUCAACCAACCAGUUCCUCCCAGCGUUUUGCUUUUCCUUCCUGAUCCCCGCCCGCCCCCGGACGCCGCCUGUUACCUGCGUCAGACCGGUCCACGACGGCGGUACGGCUUCCACCUGUUCCAGGCCACGCCUCUGCAGGCUGACACGCUAGCCGAGCCCCUUCCUGGCACCCCUCAACCCCCAACGCGUCCUGCCCCCCCACCCCCACACAGCCCCUUCUAACCGAGUGUUGCUGCAGGCUCAGACAGCGCAGAGGAGAGUUUGUGGCUUUUCUUUCUGAUAAUUAGAAAGAUAAUUACUUAAUCAGGCAGUGAAGAAGAACAGCUUUGACCUGUUAAUCGCCUAAUGCAAAAGCAAGUUUCAUUUAUCUUCCUGAGGCAAAAGUAUUCAGGCAAGGCUUUGCACUUAAAAACAAGAAAAAAAAAAGAAAAAGAGAAAUGACUGUUGCUAAAGAUUUAUAGCCAUCUUGAAGCUUUCUGCUGACAAAUGCUACGAAAUUUCCAACAAACUACAUUGAAGAUUAUGAUUGUAAUGUGAAAAGCUUCCCGGGGUGUGAAUACUUUUCCGAGGCCCUUGAAAGGUCACAUUAAGAGCACGAUCACACACCCUCGAACUUAGCAGUCCAAAUGCAUCGACCCUUUCCUGUUUUUACAUCUUCAUCACAUCCUGAAUGCACAGCCAGGUUGUUUUUUUUUUUUUGUUUUUUUUAUACCCACAACCUCUUUUCAUGGUCAGUUCAUCUUUCAGUGAAGACGACAGGAGAAACAUCAGAGCUGCAGGAGCAGAAACGGUGUAAAUAGAUAAUCCAGUUACUGUCCACGUCUCCCUCUGGUUGGGUCGCCUAACCACUAACUCCACACUACUGACCACUACACUAUACCACCAGAUGGUGUGGAUGGACUACUAAUUCAGAGAGAAAAACAGGAAGGAAGGAGUUGCCCUACAACUAUAAAAACCCAAACAUUGUGUUUUGUUUUAUGUUUUGUUUUUUCCUUCUCAGUAGCUAAUUGAUGUAGCAAAUAAGAGGCUUCCCCUCUUACGUUCUGAAGUGAUCCCGGCGGACCACGAGCUAUUGUCAUUGGGAGAUUUUUAUGUUGUGUUUUGUUUCUUUAACCCGUAGACGGUAAGCUGACCUUUGCGUCGGAUUCACUAACUGACCUCUGCCCGUCUGCACGGCGCCACCUAACGAUAAGAAUUGGAAAAAAAAUCCUCCGCAGCUCUGUCGCUUCGCCUGAAUCUACAGCGUCCGAUUAGCAGGUCAAAGCUGACAAAUCAGUGGGAAACUGUUCUCGUUCUGUUAAGGGAUAGAGAAUUUAGCAAACUAAUCCUGCAGUUUUUCCCAGCAGAAGUAAUAAUCUUCUCUUUUGCUUUCUCCUACCAUUUAUUAUUAUUAUUAUUAUUAUUAUUAUUAUUCCUCUCGGCUUUUCUGGGUGAACUUCCCCCAGGCUUUGACUGUAACCGAUGCACAAUAGUGGUUAUGGACGGACGAGGCGCCUCUGACGGUGUUAGUAAUCAAUAAGUUUCCCCCCCGACCUCCACCUCACUCGACCCCACCCACCCCCCGCCCCCGGUCUUUUUGCAGUCUGUAGAGCUUGGCACUUUAAAAAAAAACCAAACAAAAACAAAACAAAACCGAAAAGCAGCUCGUCCACUACGGCGGGGGGGGCUGACCAAAAAAAUACAAAACUGCUAAAAACAGAAGAAAAAAUAACAAUAAAAAAAAAAAAAAAAAAAACCCUGGAAAGAAAAGAAGCUACUCGUCACUUAAAGUGAAACCAGCUAGUGUAGUCUAUAUUUCUUGUACUUGAGUUUUGUAUUAUAUUUUCCUAAAUGUUCUCUGAAACUGAAAAAAAAGUCAAAAAAAGAGUGAGUAUAUCUAUCUAUAUCUAUAAAUAUAUAUCUAUAUAAAAGAGACAGACAGACAGGAGGCCAGGCUUGUUGAAGGGAGAGUGGGGGCAGGGGAGCUCAUACACUGGCCCCCUCUCUCUUGAGUGACUCUUCUGCUGUCAUUCUGUGCCUUGGUGAGCCUUCCUCCUCCUCCUCCUCCUCGUUAACCUCCCCAACUCAGGUCACACUCCCCCCUCCUCCUCCUUGUUUUCUCUACACUUCCACAAGCAGAGGGGUAUUGUGACGACAUCAGUAUCCCGCCCCACCCGCCGCCCCUUGGCUUCUGCUUGGAGUCACCGCCGCACCCUGUCCAGGACCCCCACUCCACCCCCCCACAGCCAUCUCUGUCAUGGAAAUAAACAAGAAAGACACACACUGGUGAACUCCCAUGGCAGCUUCUAUUCGCUCCCUAGCCCCACCGAACGGACACCAGCGGGGGGCUCUAAACGUCUGGGCUUGAAGCUUCUUCAUCUUCUUUAUUUUUUUUUUUUUAACAAUAAUUGUAUUUUGACUAAAUGUUUGUUCUGCGGGAGCCACCCGGGAGAGGAGCGAUAAAAGAAUAAUCCAAUCAAUGGCAGCUUAAGGUGUUAUCCUCCGAGCUCCCAGGUGGUCCGUCCCAAACUGAAAAAGAAAGAAAGGAAGAAAAAAAAAAAACAAACUAGUGUUACCCAUCGAUCAGGAGGACUUCUCGACUCACAGCAAUAUGACCAUCUUGUGCUUUCAGACAAGGGAGGGUGGGCAGGGCAGGGAUUUUUAAAGACAAGCAGGUGGUUUAUUUUGCUUUUACUCUGUGGUGCAUUUAUGGUGACCAACACUUUUUUUUUUUUAACCUCCUAUCUGCACUCUCUCCAUACACUGCAGGAGGGCAAAAAAAAAAAAGAAACCCAACCCCAGGUUAAAUUUAUUUUCUUUUGGUCAUAAAGAGUUUACAUUCAUGUCAGAGCAUUUGUACAUGACUGUUUGUCGCAAAAACUAAACAAACAAAUGAAAAAAAAAAAAGGCAUCCAUGUUGGUCAAAAUGAACAACUGAGUAUACUAUUAUUGAAGGCAUGGGAUGACUCUCUCGCACAGAACCUCCUGUAUGAAACGCAACAGGGAUUGGGGCUAGAUGGAUGUGAGAUUAUGAUGUUUCAGUUCUGUCAUUGGAUUAAAAAAAAAAAAUGGCACUUGCAGUCAUGCUGAGUGGUUUACUGAGCAGCCGACCGGACGUUAGUCGACAUUCUGGUCAAGUUUUAAAAGCGUAAGGAGGUUCCUUUAAAGAUGUGCCUUUUCUAAGCAGAGAUUGUACCAGUUGAAUAAAUAUAUAUGUGUAAAUAUAAACACACAUGCAAGCAAAGACGAGUUUUGAUGAUGGCUUCUGCGUAGGCAUGGACCAGUUGCUGGUAUUGAGGUUUUAAAAGGUUCAGGUUUCAAAACCA